AUCAAAAUGUUUUUGUUCUAAGUGCUGGCUUCUUCACCCAGCCAACAUAUACUAUGCACAAGACUGCUGUUUUUGUAGUAUCCCCAAUUAAAGAUAACAUUCUGUGAAUUGUGUGCUUUAGCACUACAGUAGGCCUUCCCCUGACCUCAAUAUAUCAGCUGUCUAAACUCCUUCCUGUUUCAUAUGAGUCUUUAGUCUACAUGCCUGCUUGUCACAAUCUCUUCACUUUGUACAGUAUAGAAGGAUUUGGUUUCAAGUUGAUGCUGUGCAAGUACAGAAAAGGCUUUCCUAUUCACAAUGGCUUGUUCACUGAGCUCCACGUAUUCAUUAGAUCCUUCUACAGUGAAGUACCUAGAGAUGGGCCAUUUAAUGCGUGUUUACAAGUACCCAGAGACGGGCCAUUUAAUGAGUGUUUACAAGCCAAAGAAAGUGCUAAGGACUGUAAUGACUGUCAAGGUGAUCAUGGAGACCAGAUGGAUUGUAUGGCUAUCUAAAGCAAACAAGUUUGAAGGAGUGGUGGAUAUCAGAGAAAUUCAAGAAAUCCGACGGGGGAAGAAUUCAAAGGACUUUAACUGUUUAAAACAAGAGCUGUCUGUGGCAGAUGGGAAUUGCUUCACGAUAUUGUAUGGAUCUGAGUUUGUUCUCAAGACCUUAAGCCUUUCAGUUGAUACAAAGGAGACUGCAGAAAAGUGGAUAACUGCUUUGGAAAAACUGAAGGAGGAGACUUUGAGGGAACCUACACCUCAAAUUGUAAAAAGAUGGCUGAAAAAACAGAUGUAUUCAAUAGACACUUACAGUACCAGCAUCACCUUGAAGGAGUUUAAAGCCAUUCUGACUGAAGCAAACUUUAAAGUGCCCAGUAUGAAGUUUCUAAAGGAUUUGGAAGCAUCCAAGUGUCUAAAUCUUGAGACGCUGCACAAUGCAUACAACAAGCUGAUGUACGAGAGCCAGAAACAAAUUCUUGAAGAAAAGGACUUUUUACUUUAUAGAAGAAAAUCGCCUGGAUUUUCAGUUGUAGAUCUUGAACAUUUUCAGAAAUUUCUCCUCUGUGAACAAAAGGAUGACAGUGCUGCAGACUUGCAGUGGGUGAAGGAGUUGAUGCAAAUGUUUAUUGAUGGUAACAGCAAGGAGAAAAGAAAAGAUCCUGAAUUCACUGACACCCAGUUCCUCAAUUAUCUGUUCUCAAAAGAAAACUCCAUCUGGGACACAAAGGUCACUGAGUAUCGGGAAGAAGACAUGUGUUAUCCUCUUUGUGAUUAUUGGAUUAACUCUUCCCAUAACACGUACCUGACUGGAAAUCAGAUAAGCAGUAAUUCCUCUGCAGAAGCCUACAUUAGGUGUCUCAGAAUGGGAUGCAGGUGCAUUGAGCUGGAUUGUUAUGAUGGCGACUUGAAGCCCAACAUCACUCAUGGGAAAACGUUCACAUCCAAAAUAACAUUUGAUGAGGUAGUAGAAGCAAUCAAUGAUCAUGCAUUUGAAGUCUCAGAAUUUCCUGUGAUUCUGUCCAUAGAAGAGCAUUGUUCUACAGAACAGCAGGGGUACAUGGCUAAAAGGUUCAAAGAAGUGUUUAAGGAUAAAUUAUUAACUGAACAAGCUGAAGUAUUUGAGACCCAACUGCCAUCACCGAUGCAACUGAAACGGAAGAUCAUUAUAAAGCACAAGACAAAUGGACUGAAACAAACAACAAGGAAAGAAGGACAUCUACAAAUUUGGGACCCACUGGAUGAGAAAUGGCACUGUCAUUUCUGCCUGAAUACAGAUGACAAGUUUUAUUACUCUCAAGAAAUCGAGGAGGACAGUGCUGAGGAGCUGGAAUCAGCGGAGAUGCACCUCUCAGAGAUUUGGUUUCAUGGGAAGAUGGAGAACAGACAGGCUGCUGAGCGAUGUCUUCAGCAGUACUGUGCAGAAACGGGUGGAAUGGAGGGGACCUUCUUAGUUCGCGAGAGCAACACUUUCGCGCAGGAUUACAUAAUAGUCUUUUGGAAAUCAGGGAAAUGUAAUCAAAUCAGAAUUAGAUCCAACGAGGUUGGCGGCACUAAGAACUACUUUCUGACUGAUAGUCAUCGCUUCGGAAGCCUGCACAGUUUAAUACAACACUACAAGAAGCGUCCAUUGAAAUUUAAGCAGUACUUGACUGAUGCUGUGCCCAACCUGAACCUCCAUGAGUACCAAAGAUGGUUCUACAGCAGCCUGUGUCGAGAGGAAGCAGAAGAAAAGCUGUUCAAGGUACCGAGGGAUGGAGCUUUCCUGAUCCGAGGGAGAGAAGAGCCGGGUUCGUUCGCCAUUACUUUCAAGGCUGAAGGGAAAGUGAAGCACUGUAAGAUACAGAGGGAAGGCAGGAUUUAUAUUAUAGGAACAUCUGCCGAGUUUGAGAGCCUGGUGGAGCUUGUUAAUUAUUAUAGAAAGACCCCACUCUACCGGAAAAUGAGACUGCGCUACCCUGUCACUGAGGAGCUUCUGCAGCGCUGCAGCACGGUUUCAACUUUUGUUGACGUCUAUGGUACUAAGUAUGUGGAUCCCUCCGAAAUAGAAGCUUCAGUGAUCUCGGUGAAGGCAGUGUAUGACUAUCAGAAAAGCCAACCAGAUGAGUUAAGUUUUGCGAGAGGAGCCAUUAUCCACAAUGUAACCAAGGAAAGCCAACAAUGGUGGAGAGGAGACUAUGAAGGGAAAGUCCAGCAUUUUUUCCCAUCCAACUAUGUGGAGGAAAUCACUAAGGAGGAGCUGAGGAAACUGGAGGUGUUGAAGAAUAAUCCUCUCAAAGGGAUGUGCAAAGGCGUGGUGGACCUUUCCAAAUGCAGUUUUUCAAUUCUACCAGGAAUGAAAAAUGGCAAGGAAUUUGUAUUCAUGCUGCAGCAGGACGACGCCCCAUCUUUUGAAAUAGCUGCAUCCUCACUGGAUUAUCUUUAUGAAUGGGAAAGCAUUGUGAACAAAUGGGCAGUGAGUUCACACUCCAGAAUACUCAACACAAGGUUAUCUGAAAGGGAUAAAAGGAAGAAGGAUAAAAUUGUUCACGAUGAUAUGCUUGCACUUGUCAUCUACUGCAAAUCCAAAAGUGGCGAAAAAAAAAAAUUUGAUCAACAUUAUGAAUUCACGGAAGUGCGUUCCUUUGAUGAAGAAUUGGCUCCUAUCGAUGAAGAAAAAUUUGUUGAGUAUAACAGCAAGGCACUCAGCAGAAUCUACCCUUCACGUGAAAGGAUGGACUCCUCGAACUACAACCCAUUGCCUUACUGGCUGUGUGGAUGUCAGUUGGUGGCCCUCAACUUUCAAACUCCAGACAAAUCAAUGCAUGUAAAUAAGGCAUUGUUUGAUCUGAAUGGAAAGUGUGGCUUCCUGCUGCAGCCUAAAUGGUUAAAAAGUCCAUUGAGUAAGCCUUUCAUAGACAAAACUGUAGAGCAAACCAUUGAAAUACGGGUUCUUGGUGCUCGUCAUCUUCCCAAACCCAGUAGGAACAUUGUCAGCCCCUUUGUUGAAGUGCAAGUCUACGGAGUACAUGAGAACAACACACUUAAAACAAUGGUUGUAUCUGACAAUGGACUCAACCCAGUGUGGCUAGACACACCACAGGCAGUCAAGUUUAAUAUCUACGUGCCUGAAUUGGCUUUCCUCCACUUCUGUGUGUGUGUAGAAGAUAUGUUCAGUGACCCUCACUUUCUGGCUCAGGCCACUCUUCCUGUCAAAGGAAUCAGGAGUGGUUACAGAUCAGUUCCCUUGAAAAAUGGAUACAGUGAAGAUAUUGAGUUGGCUUCCCUCCUGGUCCACGUCUCUGUGAAUGAAAGUGGAGCAGGAAACUGAUUGAUCUGCACACAGGAAACAAAUUACAGUAUCUCAAAUUCUUUUUUUUUUUUUUUGAGGCGCUACAACAAAGCAUUUUGCUAUUGUGUUCUGGUCUGCUGUGUAAAUGUACAGCAAGACCUCCGACUGCAUGCUUUCACUGUUUCAAUCAGGGAUAAUAGAUAGAUACCUUGGAGUCACCCUGGACCCCUGCCUCUCUUAUUCCCAGCACAUCUCCACUCUGGCACGCACUUGCCGAUUCUUCCUGAGCAACAUCCGAAGAAUCCGACCCUUCCUCACCAACUAUGCUACCCAGCUCCUGGUCCAGGCCCUGGUACUCUCCCGCCUAGACUACUGCAACUCCCUCCUGGCUGGCCUCCCUGCGUCCGCCACCCGUCCGCUCCAGCUCAUCCAGAACUCUGCUGCCCGCCUGGUGUUCUCUCUGCCUCGCUUCGCCCACGCUACUCCACUACUCCGCUCGCUCCACUGGCUCCCGAUCACCGCUCGCAUCCAGUUCAAGACUCUUGUACUAGCCUACAGAUGCCUUGACCAGACUGCACCCAGCUACCUCCAGACCCUCAUCUCUCCCUACACCCCCACUCGACCUCUCCGCUCCGCCUGCACUAGAAGACUGGCUCUACCUCCGCUACGCUCCCCUGCCUCCAGAGCCCGCUCCUUCUCCACCCUUGCUCCGCAGUGGUGGAAUGACCUUCCUACAGAUGUCAGGACUGCCCAGUCCCUGACCACCUUCCGGCGCCUCCUUAAGACUCACCUUUUCAAACAGCACCUGUAGAACUCCUCUGUUGUAUCCUGGGACACUAUCACCCUUCAUUUAAAUAUGCUUUAUUUUGCUCUUAUCUGCCCCCUAUUUUACUGCAUUUAAUCCUGUACUUCAGAAUAUUGUAAUCUGCCAAGUGUUUAACCUGUAGUAUUUUGUACUUAAUCAUAUCCUGAUGUAACUAUCACUAUUUAAUCAUAUCCUGAUGUAACUUCACUAUUAUCUGCUGUAUUAUUGAAUUGUGGUUUGUCACACUUGAACAAAAGUUAUUGUAUUUCUUGCUCUUAUUGUAUUACUUGUAUUGUAACACUUGAAAUGUAUUUGCUUACGAUUGUAAGUCGCCCUGGAUAAGGGCGUCUGCUAAGAAAUAAAUAAUAAUAAUAAUAAUAGAUAGAUAGAUAAAUAGAUAGAUAGAUAGAUAUAAAGUGCCCUCCGAAAGUAUUGGGACAGCAAGGUCUAACCUGUUAUUUUUGCUUUACAGUCAAGCAAUUUGUAUUGGUGAUCAUGAGAGUAAUAUGAAUAAUAAGUACAAUAAUGUUUUAUUUUUGGGUAAUUCCAUGAAUACAUUUUAUCUUAUUAGAACAAAAACAUACUUUGUGUUCAACCCACUUAUUUGAAUACAUAAGUAUUGGGACACAUUCACUUUAAGUAACUUUCAGGGUGUAAAAGUCAGUAUUUGGUUGCAUAUCCUUUUGAGGCAAUAACUGCAUGAAGUCUGCGACCCAUUGAGCUCACCAAACUCUUUGUGUAAUUAUUUGAGAUGCUUUGCCAAGCCUUUGCUGCAGCCAUUUUGAGUUCUUGUCUAUUCUUGGUGUGUUCUGACUUUUUUCUUCAGCAUGUAAAAUGCAUGCUCAAUUGGAUUCAAAUCUGGAGAUUGACUUGGCCAGUCCAAGAUUUUCCACUUAUUUCUCCUUAUGAACUCCUUGGUUGCAUUGGCUGUAUGUUUUGGGUCAUUGUCAUGCUGCAUGGUGAAGCGCCGCCCAAUAAGUAUGCAAGCAUUUUCUUCUACAUAAGCAGACAAAAAGUUUCUCUAAACUUAAUAAUUAAUUCUGCUGCUGCCAUCAUUAGUUAGAUCAUCAAUAAAGAUGAGUGAGCCAGUUCCAGAGGCAGCCAUGCAUGCCCAGGCCAUGACAUUACCUCCACCAUGCUUCACAGGUGAGGUGGUGUUCUUUGGAGCAUCUGCAGUUCCUUUCUUUCUCCACACUUUAACCUUUCCAUCAAUUUGGUAAAGGUUUAUCUUUGUCUCAUCUGUCCAUAAAACUUUGUUCCAAAACUCUCCUGGCUCAUUUUUGUACUUCGGAGCAAAUUCUAAACUGGCUUUUCUGUUCUUGGUGCUGAUUGAGUGGUUUACAUCUUGCGGUGUAACCUUUGUACUUCUGCUGUGUCAGUCUUCUGCGAACUGUGGAUUUGAUACCUUCACCCCUGCACUCUGGAGGUUGUUGGUGAUUUCAUUGACAGUUGUGUUAGGGUUUUCAUUGGCAGCUGAUAAUUUUUCUGUCAUCAACUGCAGAUGUUGUUCUUGGCCGACCGGGUCUUGGCUGAUUGGUAAUUAUACCUGUGGUUUCUUUCUUCUUCAGUAUAUUCCAAAUUGUUGAUUUUGGUAUGCCCAAUUUCUGUGUUAUGGUUAUGAUUGAGUUUUUCUUUUCAUUCAGCUUCAAAAUUGCCUGCUUUUCUUUAACAGAAAGUUCUUUGGUUUUCAUAUUGAUUUUCGACUACAGACUCCAAACACUGAUGUCAAAGCGAGACAGGUUGAUAGGAUGUUCACAGCUCUUUUAUGAGUGCCUAAUUACCCAACAAGAGACACCUGUCAGCCAAUUGUCCCAAUACUUUUGCUCCUUCAAAAUAAAGAGGUUAACUAUCAAUUGUUUAAUUGACCCAAGAGGGUGGAACUGAAUUGACUUUAUUAAAAAUAAAGUCAUGUUUUUUUUGUUUUUUUUUUCCAGGAGAAAUGAUUAUUAUUAGAGUUGAUAGUGAAAAUCCCAGUUUAGACUUCUGUCCCAAUACUUUUGGAAGGCACUGUGUAAUUUGGGCCUUAUCAAGCACUAUAUUCUGCAAUUUUGAAUACUGACUUUGGAUACGGUUUUAAAUUUUGGAAACUUUUUUUUUUUUUUAAAGUUUUGGUUUUGCUAAAUUGCAUUGCCUUUUAUGUUUUCCGCAGUUCUGUGCAUGGGUAACAUUUAGAUUUCAUUUUACUGUUUGGUCGUUAAUGGGAAAUGUUACAUACUGCUACAGUACGUACCGGAUUUAAAAGUAUGUGCUGUAUUACAGUUAACGUGUCAUCUGUUUUUAGUUUUGGCAAGUGAUAUUUUCAGAAUCAUGUAGUUCUGAAUUAAAAUACUACUUCUGUUAAAAAUAUAGUACUGUACCAACAAAACCAAUACGCUACAUCUAAAAACACAAUCCUUUCAGAUAUUGUGACAGGGUGUCUGGGUGGUGACGUCAUGGCAGAAGCAGGAACUUAAAAACACUGACACCAAGUCUGCAGUUUCCAAAUAAUAAAGACGCGGCUCGCCGUUUUUAUUAACAAAAAUAAAUAAAAUAUUCAAACAAAAACACUGUGCUCACAGAGCAAAAUAAAAGGGUAAACAAAAAUAAUCACGAACACAAAAUAUAAACAAAACCCAGGUCAGGCUGAGCAAUUGUCUUCACUGUUCCUAGAUUGUUAUUUUUUUAAGUUUCGUUUCGUUCUCCGUCUCUCUGCUCGCUCUCUCCUCUCUAACACCCACCCCGAGCUGGAGAGCUGCAGGCUUUUAUAUUCAGGUGACCAUCUCCCGAUUAGCAACAAAAUUAAUCACUUAAUUCGGGAGAUGGCCACCUUCUGCACGAGUUUAUUAAUUAUUCCUGGCAGAGGACAAGCACCAAUCUCGCCUCUGCCAGAACACGUUUUAAAAAUAAACAAAGCCGCACGGCAUUUCGCCGUCAUAUUUACAAUAAAUAAAUCAUAAUACAAAACACAUCACACGGUGCCUCGCCAUCAUAAAUAUAAUAAAUACACCAUAAUACAAAACAAUAAAUUGCACAGGGGCGGAGGGGAAGACCCUGUUCUAAAAAUAAAUAAACAAAUGAAUGUACAGGGCUCUCUACCGCCCUGCUACAGAUAUGUAUUUUUUAUAUUGUCUGUUUUGUAAGGAACACAAAAAAGAUAAACGGGUUGGAAUGGGCCAAAAUGAAAUAAUCAGGAUAUGCGUCACGUGUUUAAUCGUCACUGAAGUCAACAUUUUAUAGGGCCGGAUAUGUGAGUGCUGACUGUAUAUCCUAAACAAAAACACAUUGGAAAUGUGAAAAAACGGCAAGUUAUCAAAAGCGCCCAGCCAUUUAAAGUAGAGAUAUCAAAAACACAAGCCAAGUUUCAAGAAACCAUUGGGGCAACCUUGCCCAGCAUAAAGCAAAUAGGCAGAACUGUAAAACCGAGGUUGCCCCAAUUGUUUCAACUAACUUGUAUCAAAAACACAAGCUAAGUUAGAAGAAAGAAUUGGGGCAAUUGUUUCUACUAACUUGGCUUGUGUUUUUUAUAUCUCUAUGCCCCGCUUGAGUAAUGAAGAUUGCCUGGUUGCUAUCGGCAUUGAUUGAAGGAAGCCUGUCUGUGAGAGAAGUUGCCUGGAGGAGAUGUUCUGCUUUAACAAUCAGCAGACUAGUCCAGAGAAACCAGGAAACCGGCUCUGUAAGGGACAGGCCACGUCCUGGAAGGCAGAGGGUCACCACACCGGCCCAGGACCAUUUUGCUGACUGUUGCAUUGUUCAAGUCAACUGGCUGCAGCUACACAAGAAGAGCGGCGGAACAUCCCACAGCAGUCUACCCAGAGGCUGAUCAGGUCUAUACAUCAACGAUGCCAGGAUCAUGUUAAUGCUCAGGGAGGUCAUACCUGAUACUAACUUUGUAAUGUUUUCAUUUUGACAGUGUGUUACGUUUGUUUGUGUUUGCAUUUGCUGUGAUUGUGUUUGAUAUCUAGGUUUAAAAUACCUGAUUAAAUCCAUUAGACCAGA